AAAACCCAGAACCGGAGUUGGAACGCCAAGAACUCUCGGAUUCACACACUCGCUAGUGUCUUGCGAGCUAAAUUUCCUGGAUGGAGCUCGAGUUCAGACAUAGAGAUUAUAUAACAGAGGAAAAGGCUUACUCUCUCCCUCGUCUACCUGCAGGAACUCAUCCUCUGUCCACUUCCCCUGAAACGCUUCACCAGGAAUCUGUUAAAGGUUGAUUUGGUGCAUAAGGAGAAGGAAGAAAAUGAUUUUUUUGAUCCACUUAGCAAGAUCAAUGAGAAAAAGGAAGUUUCUUUUGAGGAUUUUCAAGAUGAAGAGAUUACAGGAGGACCGUCCAAUGAAGCUUCUGUCCAGUCUUCUUCCAAGGAAUGGACUUCUUUUAAGAAAAUCUUGAUGCAGAGAUUUUCUGCAUCUAAGAAUAUCCCGUUAUCUUCAAUUUCAAAUGCAAUUAUGAAGACUGGAAAGGGUAUGAUGCAUCUUGUAUUGGCUUUUUUAUUCUGUACCUAGAAUAAGCUUAUUGCUCCCAGGGGUAAGGCUGUUCAAAACCUAAUUCUUCCAAGACCCUGCAUUUAUAGGAGUCGCAAUUGCUUGUAACUGACAAAUCACCUGUGGAUUCACAUUUGGAAGAACUGGAUGAUCCUCAAAAAUUUACAGAAGAAGGUCUUAAAGUUAUAAGUCAGAGGGAAUAUGUUUUACGUUUAUAUGAACUCAAAGAUGAGAUUGCGCUUUCUUGGAGUAAAAAGGAGCAUGUGACAUCUUUGAAAUUGUGCAUCAGGGUUGCCAGACUUCUGAUGGACACAUCUGUUGUACAAUUUUAUCCAACACUAUUCGUUCUAGCCACAGAUGUGAUGGAUAUGCUGGGUGAUAUGGUAUGGCAACGAAUUAGACAGAAAGCUGAGCACACGGAAGAUAGAAAAUUCGUUUCUUCUUUGCCAGAUGAUUUUGAAGCCAAUAGUAUUUCUGAUGAUGCUAAAGAAACUUGCAACAACUGGUUCUCCAAAAUCGGUUCCAUCCGUGAGCUUCUUCCGCGCAUCUAUCUGGAACUGGCCGUACUGCCAUGCUGGCGUUUCCUUGUUGACAAUCCUAUGAGUAGCCUCCAGCGCUUGGCCAUGAUGACAAGAGGCAUUGCAGAUCCAAUAGCCUUGGCCUACUGCCACUUAUAUAUGGUUCACCGAGCUCAAAAACUACCUCAACACGAUUUAGGAUACCUUGUCACUGGCAUCAAUGACUUGAAAUUUGUAAUGAUGCGCAUUCUUUCACUGCAAGAAACAACUUGCAUAAUCUCUCUAGCAGAUAGAAGGUUGCUUUUGAGCCUCAUGGAACCUGCUAUUGAGUAUAUGAUGAGAUGCAUAUUUAAGGAUUUAAAUCAGGUUCAAGUUCGUGAUGUAAUUGUGGGGCUUGGACUUGGAAAGGACAAGUCACAUUUAUUUGGAGACUGUUCAUGCAUUUCAGUUAUUCUUCAUCAUUUACUAAAGGAGCUCCCUACUGGACUAAUCUGUGCUAAUGCCAUGAGUAUUCUUCAUCUGAUUGAGUGCAAUAUUGAUUUUUCAUAUGAUCAGUAUUUGAAUUACAAGUUGCUUGGACUCAGGCUGUGUGAAAACAUUUCUCGAGUGAAUGAGGCCAUAGCUUUAGUGGAUAAGGUCAUUCAGGUCAUUUCUUGCUAUGAUAGACUACAUGAAUAUUUGGAGGUUUUAGAUGCUUAUGUGGAUAUUGUUCUGCAUAAUCAAAUGCACAUUUAUUUGAACACAAUAUUGAAUGAAAUAUUUGAGCGAUUAUGUGCUAAAGGGAUUGAUAAGAAUGCUCUAUCAGGCUUGCAGUCUUUCCUUUUGAAGCUCGUUACUCAUUUUGAUCAUUUGGAAGAUAUAUUAUCACUGAGCCAUUUUGUUGACAUCUUAGACGUGAUGCACGGAAGCUCAAGGAACAUCAUCAACAUUAGCAUCCUUAGAAUGGCAACAAGGAACACUUGCAUUGACGAUCCAACUAUCAUUCAUUUUCUGUUUGAAGUUUCUCAGGUGUUGCAUGAUGGGACAGACUUCUCAAACAUAAGAAAUGAUGAAAAUCAACAUUCAGCACGCCUAAUUUCUCGUUUUGUGAACAUGGUUGAUUAUGGGCGAGAUUUUGAACGCAAUUUGUCAUUUCUGGUUGAUUGCCGCGGAGCCUUUGGUGACAUGAUUGAACUCAAGGAGACGCUUGUUCACUCCAGCAAUCUUUUAUCCAUUAAGCUUAUGAAAGAGAGCAGUAAUCUUUUCGCUUUUGCCAAAUCUUGCCUAACAUUUAGUGAAGUUACAAUAGCUGCUAUUCCUGAUUGCUUUAGGCGGUUCAGUCUCUAUCUUGAAACAGCAGAGGUUGCUUUGAUGGGUGGAUUAGUUUCUCAUGCAGAUGGACUUAUAGAUUCAGCGCUCUGCUAUUUGCAGGACUUUGAUUUAGUGGAUGGUUUGCGGACAACUAACGAUACUGAAGCAAAUCUUUCCUUGAUAUGCAAGCUAUGCAAUCUCAUGAUUGUGGUCCCAGGUAAUGUUGAACAAGGAUUCUUGGAUGGCCCCAAGAAAAUAUUUUCUUUCCUCGAUUCCCAACCAUGGAUGACCUCAAAAUUAAAGAUCAAGGGGAUGUGCGCUCUUAUUUCAAUUUUAGCAGCAUUUUCCCAAAAUGCAAUACCCUUACAAUUAAUACCUGGGAAGGUAAUAGGCAAUCAUGAGUUAAUUUAUGGUGAUCCAACUUGUUCAGAAGAAAUUUUGUCAUUUUCUCGUGCUAUUAUUGAGAAAAUUGUGGAUAUUGUCUUACAAGAGCCUUCACAGGCUACUAGUGGAAAUCUUGCACUUGAAGGUUGCAGCUCCAUAGCUUCAUCAUUUAGAGUACGCACAGACAUACUCACAAUCUGCUCCAGACUGUUGGAAAUAGCCGAGUUAAGCCUGAGUUCUGAUGAUAGAUAUUUGGUGUCUACCAAAAACUUUGUAAAUACGUGCCAACUUUGUUGUCAGGAGGAUGGACAUUUGCAGAAUUCAGAAAGCAUGACUGGUUAGACUUUUUGGUGCAAAGGUUUGUGUAGUUUUGUAUAGUGUCUUUGUUGUAGGUAUGUAAUGGUAUCGAACAGUAGCCAGGCAACAGACCAGCUCCCAGUGGCAGGUUUAUGAACAGCACAGAACUAAUUUACCAACAGGAAGAACCAAUAUGAACUGAUGAAUAAUCAAUGAAUUAGUAUUGAUAUUGAUUGAAAA